CGGGCACUCUCCUUCGCCGUCUUAAGUUACUUCCGGGAGUGAAGCUGCCAACUCCUCUUCUGCUUCCGCAGGGUCCAGGUAGGGGGCGACCGCCGGGUGAGCCUCGGGAUGAUCGCAGUGAUUUAAUGAUGCUCUGCAGCAGUUUUCUGAGUCUGAAAUUUUCUGUGCCUGUGGAUCCUAGAAUUUGCUAAGAGAUGGAGGAGUCUGAGCAAAAUGAUCUGAACACGAUGAGCCUUGAGAAAGAUGACCUUCUCAAGAGCACCAGCCCUCAGAUUUCUGUUAGCGAAUUUUCUUGCCACUGCUGUUACGAUAUCCUGAUUAACCCCACCACCUUGAACUGUGGGCAUAGCUUCUGCCGGCACUGCCUGGCUUUAUGGUGGGCCUCUUCGAAGAAAACAGAGUGUCCAGAAUGCAGAGAAAAAUGGGAAGGUUUCCCCAAAGUCAAUAUUCUUCUCAGGUAUGCUCCGUCCAUAAUGGUAGCACAUACAGCUUGUUCGAUGUGGUUUGUCUUAAUGGUGCAGCCAUGUUUGAAAAGGCCAGAGGCACAGAGCUGACCUCCACCGUGGUCAUUCUGGAUCUGCUGGAUGUGAAUCAGGGAGCUCAAGGACCUGAAAAUCCAGACUCCCUUCCUCAUAGGGAUGCCAUUGAAAAAUUAUUUCCUGAUGCCAUUAGAAUGCGAUUUGAAGACAUUCAGCAGAAUAAUGACAUAGCCCAGAGUCUCGCAGCUUUUCAGAAAUAUGGGAAUGAUCAGAUUCCUGUAGCUCCUAACGCAGGCCGAGUGAAUCAGCAGAGAGGAGGGGGAUUCUUUUCAGGAGUGCUCACAGCUUUAACUGGUGUGGCAGUGGUCCUGCUCGUGUAUCACUGGAGCAGCAGGGAAUCUGAGCAUGACCUCCUGGUCCACAAGGCUGUGGCCAAGUGGACAGCAGAAGAAGUUGUCCUCUGGCUGGAGCAGCUGGGCCCUUGGGCCUCUCUCUACAGGGACAGGUUUUUAUCUGAAAGAGUAAAUGGAAGAUUGCUUUUAACUUUGACAGAGGAGGAAUUUUCAAGGGCGCCAUAUACCAUAGAAAAUAGCAGCCACAGAAGAGCCAUCCUCAUGGAAUUGGAACGCGUCAAAGCCCUAGGCGUGAAGCCCCCCCAAAAUCUCUGGGAAUAUAAGGCUGUGAACCCAGGCAGGUCCCUGUUCCUGCUGUAUGCCCUCAAGAGCUCCCCCAGACUCGGUCUGCUGUAUCUCUACCUGUUUGACUACACAGACACUUUCCUACCCUUCAUCCACACCAUCUGCCCUCUGCAGGAAGACAGCUCUGGGGAAGACAUCAUCACCAAGCUUCUGGAUCUUAGAGAGCCCACAUGGAAGCAGUGGAGAGAAUUUCUUGUCAAAUACUCCUUCCUUCCUUACCAGCUGAUUGCUGAAUUUGCUUGGGACUGGCUGGAAGUCCAUUAUUGGACGUCACGGUUUCUCAUUGUCAAUGCCAUGUUACUCUCGGUUCUGGAAUUAUUCUCCUUUUGGAGGAUCUGGUCAAGAAGUGAGCUGAAGACUGUGCCUCAGAGGAUGUGGAGCCAUUUUUGGAAAGUCUCAACACAGGGGCUUUUUGUGGCCAUGUUCUGGCCCCUCAUUCCUCAGUUUGUUUGCAACUGUUUAUUUUACUGGGCCCUGUACUUUAACCCAAUUAUUAACAUUGAUCUUGUGGUCAAGGAAGUCCGACGGCUGGAAACCCAAGUGUUGUGAGUGGCACUGCUCAGGCUCUAAGGGACUCUUGCAGCCUCCCUGGCGGCUGAGCUUUGAUGCUUAAGUGAAGGGGCAGUGGGGUGAGAACUGACUUCCUGUUUCCUCUCCCUGGUAAACAAGGUGCUGCUUUCUCUGUCAAAGACAGUAACCAGGUCCUCUCUUCCCUCUGCUUGUGCCUUUGUGGCAGCAGGGACUCAUGUCCCAGAGCUGGGCCGACACAGCAGUAGCACCUCACACCUAGCCGCCUUGCUUACAGGAACUUAGGAGGCCCAAUCCACUGUGGCCUGCAAGGACCCAGGGUUCUCAGAAGAUGUGGUGUGGGGCCAGCAGAAGGCUGCCGCAUCAGCAAUCCUGCGCCCUCACUUCAGUGACUAACAGAAGCUUCCAGGGCAGGUUGGAGUCCUGAGACUGAGCCCGAUCAGGCUUGUUGGUGCCAGGCCAGUCCUCUUAAGUCUAGUAUAGGAAAAUGAGAGAUUUUGUCAUAGGCAUAGACAGUUGCACAUAAAAAAUACAGAGGAAAACCCAAAAGCCAAUAGACAAUUAUUGCAAAUGAGUUGCUAGGAAGUUGAAGAGUUAACUCUCUAAAGGAUUUGGUUUGAGACUAGAAUGAUGGUUAUUAGACUUAACCUGUUUCCAACUUUUGGUCAUUGAAAGUUUGGAUCCCUUUCUCGGGGUGGGGGGAGAUUGAGUGGGAUGCUGGGAUAUUAACGAAGGAUAAUUCACACCAGGCUGAGCUGCCUCAGUGCUACUUAAAAUUGUUUUUUUUGGGGGGGGGGGGGGGGGUUGCUUUGUUUGUUUUUAAGACUUUAAUCUGUAAAAUCCAGGAUAGUCCUUUUGUUCAAUGAAACAUUUUAUACAUUGACCUCACACUGUAUAAUUUUUAUCCUCUCAUUCUGGUGUAUAAAACAGCAAGUAUAAUUACACCAAAUGCUGUAAUUGUAAAUGUGAAUGAGAUGAACUAUGCCUCUUCCUUCUGGUUUGAAAACGGCAGGUGUGAAAUGGGACCCAUCUGAAGAUGGGCCCACAGAGAUAAGCUUGCAUCCAAAGUGUUUUUUUUGUGACUCCAUGAACCAUUCAUUAAUCCUUUGUAUCUUUGAAGAUUUCACUCAAACUUUGCAUCUGAAAGUUUGAAGAAAUUACUUGAAAUAAAAAUAAAGAUCUUUAAUAAAGACAAA